AUGCAGGAUUUAAUGUGGUUUCUCUCUUGUGAACCAGGUGGGCCAGGCUAAAGACGAACUGCUGACCAAUCAGCUGAUAGACCACCUGAUGGGGGAGAGCGAUGGCAUGCCAAAGGAUGCCAAGUACCUGUUCCGCUUGUACAUGGCGCUGAAACAGUACCGUGAGGCCGCCCGGACCGCCAUCAUCAUUGCCCGAGAAGAGCAGUCUGCAGGAAACUACAGGAAUGCACAUGACGUUCUCUUCAGUAUGUAUGCAGAACUGAAAUCACAGAAGAUCAAAAUCCCCUCUGAGAUGGCUACCAACCUCAUGAUCUUACACAGUUACAUACUCGUGAAGGUUCAUGUUAAGAGUGGAGACCAUAUGAAGGGGGCCCGCAUGCUCAUUCGGGUGGCCAACAACAUCAGCAAGUUCCCGUCCCACAUCGUGCCUAUCCUUACAUCUACUGUGAUCGAGUGUCACAGGGCAGGCCUCAAGAACUCUGCUUUCAGCUUUGCAGCUAUGCUGAUGAGGCCCGAAUACCGCAACAAAAUUGAUGCCAAGUACAAAAAGAAAAUCGAGGCAAUGGUCAGGAGGCCAGACACAUCCGAGACAGAAGAGGUCACCACCCCAUGUCCAUUCUGCCAGUUUCUUCUCCCAGAAUGUGAGCUCCUUUGUCCCGGCUGUAAAAACAACAUUCCCUAUUGCAUUGCAACAGGCCGACACAUGUUGAAAGAUGAUUGGACAAUGUGCCCGCACUGUGGCUUCCCUGCACUGUACUCAGAAUUCAAGAUCUUACUAAACAGUGAAAGCACCUGUCCCAUGUGUUCAGAAAGAUUAAACUCUAGUCAACUGAAAAAAAUUUCAGACUGCACCCAGUACCUCCGGACAGAAACGGAACAGUGAGCAGCAGGCCCAGUGCUCCUGAGUAGAUGGCAUCUCCCCCCAGGAGGCUGUGUCCAGCCCUGGCAGACUUGAAGAAUGAAACAGCCUAGCAAGUUCAGCCUCUCCGGUGACAUAGUGACACAACCUGCUGCUUCUUGAACCUUGUAUAGUUCCUCUUCGAAGUCCUAUACAGUGUAAAUACCCAGUUUUCUAAUCAUUUUUUAUUUAAGUAUCUCCUUUCAAAUAAAACUGUUGACUAGA